AUUCUCAUCUGGCUGGCCUACCAGUCCACCGGAGUCAUAUACGGUGAUAUCGGAACCAGUCCCCUCUACGUCUACUCGUCCACCUUCACCAGCCACCCAGCAUACGACGACCUGCUAGGAGCGCUUUCCAUCAUCAUCUGGUCGCUGACACUUAUGGUCACGGUCAAGUACAUAUUCAUAGUCUUAUCAGCCGACGAUGAUGGCGAGGGAGGGACCUUUGCCCUGUACAGCCUCCUGGCGCGCCAUGCCUACAUCGUGCGGCGUGACCCCAACGUUAACGGGGCACUGAGGAUGGAGCGACAACUCACCAGGGACAUGAAACCGGCGAACAAGGGCGUUCGAACGGUGAUUGAGAGGUCCCGGACUGCCCAAGUUUUCCUCCAGAUACUUGGAGUCUUGGGAGUUGCCAUGGUCAUGUCGGACGGUGUCCUCACCCCUGCGCAGUCGGUAUUAGGAGCGAUUCAAGGUAUCGAGGUCGCCCACCCCAACAUCUCGUCCAGCACCAUCGUCGGGUCAACGUGUGCCAUUCUCGUCGUCCUUUUCGGCGUGCAGCCGUUUGGAACCUCCAAAAUUGCAACCACCUUUGCGCCUAUCAUCAUCAUCUGGCUGCUCUUCAACCUCUGUUGCGGCAUCUACAAUCUGGCAAAAUUCGAUCACUCAGUCCUCAAAGCGUUCAGUCCCUAUUUUGCUGGUUCGUACCUGAUGCGCAACAAGACAGAUGGGUGGCGGUCCCUGGGUGGCUUGCUACUUGCCUUUACAGGAGUUGAAGCACUUUUCGCCGACCUGGGCGCUUUUAGCCAAAGGGCUAUCCAGCUCUCCUGGCUCUGCUUUACGUACCCAUGUCUGCUGCUCGCAUACAUUGGCCAAGCAGCAUAUAUCUCGCAAGACGCCACUGGAACUGCCUAUACCAACCCGUUCUUCUACACGAUCAUUCCGGGAACCUUCUACUUUAGUCUCGUGAUCGCUAUUCUGGCUGCCAUUGUCGCUUCGCAGGCUAUGAUUACUGGCGCUUUCCAACUCCUUUCACAGAUCAUGACGAUGUCGUACUUCCCUCAUAUCAAGACUGUUCAUACAUCUAAGCUAUUCCACGGCCAAGUUUAUAUGCCGUUGGCGAAUUGGUUGCUGAUGAUUGGUUGCAUUGUUGUCACAGCUGCAUACAGCAACACCACAAGACUCGGCAAUGCCUAUGGCGUCUGUGUUAUCUUCGUAACAUUCAUCACUACCUGUCUCGUCUCCCUCGUCGCAAUUUUGGUUUGGCGCAUCAACAUACUAAUUGUAAUCUUCUUCUUCCUCAUCUUUGGUUGCCUCGACGGCGUCUAUCUCUCCUCGGCACUCACCAAAGUCCCCACCGGUGCCUGGUUCUCGCUCAUGCUCGCAUGCAUUCUCUCUUGCAUCUUCGUCCUGUGGCGCUUCGGCAAGGAGCAGCAAUGGAAAGCGGAAGGGGAAGACCGUUUCCAACCCUCCCAGCUCCUCACUUCGACCGAAGGUGGGGAGUUCAAACUCACCGCAGCGUACGGUGGCGGUGUUGUCUCCAGUACCAAUGGUGUUGGCAUCUUCUUCGACAAAGUCGGUCAUAUGGUACCCAUCGUAUUUGCACAAUUUGUGAGGAAGUUCAGCGCCCGCCCGGAAAUCACCGUCUUCUUCCACAUGCGUCCCUUACCCACACCAUCAAUCCCAGAAUCCGAAAGAUACAUUAUCCAGCGCACGUCGAUCCCGAGCUGCUAUCGCCUCACCGUGCGACAUGGCUAUAUGGACUCAGUCGUCUCUCCUGAUCUAGGGCGCAUGGUCAUCGAGCAACUCAUCUUGUUUAUAACUCGCGGAAAUUCGAGCAAUACCAUUUCCGGAGACUAUUCGCCAGCGAUUCGCUCGGAACUCGACGCUCUCGACAGAGCUGCCAAUGCACAGAUUGUGUACGUGAUGGGCAAAGAAGAGAUGAAGAUCAAAAAGGGGACCAAUAUCAUUAGGCGGUUCCUCUUAAUGAUGUUCUUGUGGAUGCGAGAGAACAGUAGGACGAAGAUGGCGGACAUGAACAUUCCUACCGAUAACUUGGUCGAGGUCGGGUUCGUGAAAGAGAUUUAG